AUGAAGCUUCAGACGAAUGGUGGUAAGAUCAAUUCAAUCUGUGAGACUUCCUUGACUGAUCUAUAUGAAAGGGGAAAUUGGGGUCCUGUUCUCGACGGAGUCUCUAGUUGGGAGUCUGCGUGGCCUCAUAUCGGCGAUUCGGACUCCUCCAAACCCGGCGAUGUCUCACAGGAUGAGAAAGUUGUCGCUGCUGCGAGCGGUCGGGGAAAGGGAUACAUGAUCGGUCUCAGUCCACUCCAGUAUAAAAACGCGUAUGGAACCAAUGCCUAUCGUCUCGGGGAUCUCAACCUGCCAGCCCGGAUGGACAGAAUACUUGGGAUGAACCCCCGCCCCGACUUUGUCCAAUUCAUUACAUUCAAUGACGGUCCUGAGGCACACUAUAUUGGGAACUUCUGGCCGGAAGCCACCUCAGAUGGUGCGUCUUCUUUGUACGCCAACAUGGACCAGUGGUCACAUGACGGAUGGAGACCUCUUGUGAAGUCUUUCAAUGAAGCUUUCAAAAGUGGUGCGACUGCGAGCGACAUGAGCACACCGGACGGCACGGUGGCAAUCGGCGCAGCUUGGUACAAGACUAUCCUCGUCGACUCUGUAGACUGCGACAACGACACCAAGCCUGAAGGGUUCGACCAGGGCACAAAUGCUUUGCACUGGGCAGUUGUUCUAGAUCCCAAGGCCGAAUCUGGUUACACACUGACUGUGGCCGGGGACAAGGCGCAGAACGUGCCUUUAAAGGCUGGCCUCAACUAUGGCUCGUCCGACGACGGGCUGAAGGCCGGUGCCCAGAUUAUCGAGGUACACGACCCCAGUGGAGCGGUGGUGAUGACUGCCACGGGUGGAAUGUGUGUCUCGACUGAGUGUCCUUCGGGUAUAUACAACAGCAACUACCAGGUCGUCGAGUUGGCUGCUGAGGGCAAGUCUGCAAGUUGUAAGGAGUGGUGA